GUUCCGACGACGCAGCAAAGCAGCUUUGUGUUCAGUGCCGUUUUUAAGCUGUUCAAGGUCAAAAUGUGUUGGUUUUUUUGUUUGUUUUUUUAUAAACGAGGGGUUAUGUAACAGGGUCGCUGACUCUGGAGGAAGCCCAGAAAGCCUGGAUAACAUGAAUUAUUUUAAAACACUGUGGUGUUAUAUCUGUUACUUAAAAUCAAAGAGAAACUAUGCAUUUAAGUCAGUUUUGUUGAAAAGCUGCGCUAUACAUAAACUCCCCACCUUCAUAGCAAUAAAACACGUGCAAUGUUGACUGUUUGGAUGCAAUAUUUGGUAGGAUAUUAUAUUUCAAGUGCCAUGCGCGUUAUUUCUUGCAUGCUAAUAAUAUAUGUGGCCUGCUUUACUUUCACUGAGUUGUGGAGAAAUUUUCUUUUUAAAGGUGUGUGAAAAAUGUGGAACAAUCGCAAUCAAUAUGAUUAUUGCCGCGUUUCAGCAGUAGCAUGAAAGUAAAGUUUUCCUGACGUUCAUUCGGGGCGUAGCAAAGGACGACUGUUUUGACCCUCAUGUCAUGUCGUCACUAUGUGGGUAACCAGAGUGGUUCUAGGAGAUCCUUUGUUCAGCUCUAUUUACAGUCUCGUCUCAUCGUCUGGAGAGACUGCAACCUCUCAAAGUAACCCAGUUGGAGGACAAUAUCUCCAAAGCCGAGUUCUCAAAGAGCCCUGGAGAAGACGUACUGACCUACAUCCUGCGUAACACACAGCGAGAAUCAGAGCGGCGACCUGAAACGGUCCACAGUUCUGCUGAAGACGGACGAAGAGGCCGAUAAACUCAAAGUCACCUCCUGCAAGACUCCCUGGAGCUUUGAACCGUUUGAAGAAUCAGCUUAAAUAACCCCCACACUCGACCCUGAACCUCGCUUCCUGUUUUUUUUCACGGUCGUUUUUCAGAACACUACUUCAAUGUCUGAAGUUUUUGUUGAGUUCCACCUCUUUUUAAUCUUUUUGGCUAAUUUAGACACUUGAACAUUUUGACCUUGGAGGACAAAUAAGAGAAAUCAAUGAGGCAAUCGUUUCAACAAGUCCAAAUAACUCAUCCAGAAGUUUUUACUGAUCCAGCGACAUAGGUCAGACGUCAUACCGACAAAGUAGAAGGCUCGUAUAAGUUUUACAUCCUCUUCAUCCCCCUUUACCCUUUGCUAGGGUCAUAUUCCGGCCCCCUGGUCAGGAAAAAAUGGAAAGUCUCAGUCUGCACAUCCCAUCUAACACCAACAAUAGCACCAUGGAAAUUGAACCAUUUUCGCCCUACAAUGGGAGCCCCCCUUCCCCCGAUCCGGAGGGUUCAGGGCGGAUCAGUCGGCAGCCCAAAGGCUCCAAACCAACUGUGACCUCACGUCGCAAGCGAGAGUUUAUUUCUGAUGAGAAGAAAGAUGCUUCAUAUUGGGAAAAACGGAGGAAGAACAAUGAGGCGGCUAAGCGUUCGAGGGAGAAGCGUCGCCUCAAUGACAUGGUGUUGGAGAAUCGCGUCAUGGCAUUAAAUGAGGAGAACGUUCGUCUGAAGACUGAACUCCUUCAGCUCAAGUUGCGCUUUGGUCUAAUCAGUGCAUCGUCCUACAUGGAAAAGAGUCAGCAGAUGUCCAACAGUGCUGCCGAUGGCAACCAAGGUAGAGAUGGGAGCAGCUCCGGCGGCACCGCUAACAGUAACUCCUACCACUCGAGCAGCGGCUACUCCAGCGCGUCCCAGGUGAUGCUGAAUUCUGACUCGUCUGAAGCUGAGCAGUCCAGCCGGAGUGAACGCCACACCAUGCUCCACAAGUACUCCCCUUUGGGCUCUGUGUCUGACAUGUCUGACGGUUCCUCCAGAGAUAGCCCUGACCCCAUCGGCUACAACAUAAAGAAGGAGCCCUUAGGCAUGGAGAUGGGUGGACUGGAAAGCAGCGGGAUUCCCAAUGGAAUCACCAAUGGGAUAUCGAAUGGAGCCUACAGUGACAACACCCCUCUGGUUUCCCAUCACCAGCAAAACACCACAUUAGCCGAAACUGCCAGAGACUACCAGCAUCAUCAGCAGGAGCAACAGCAGUGCCACAUGGAGACCACUGGUCCUGCUCCUCAGGCCACCUCUGCACAUAGGAGUGUCAUCUUGUACCGUUCCAGCAGCGGCUGUUACCCCAUGGAGAACCAGAAGCUGGAGGACCAGCAGACGCAACAGAGCGCACCACCACAGCACAUCCAGCACAGCUCUCCCUCGGAGUUCUCCGACUGCUCAGUAACCGUCUCUGAGGUUGCAGAGAAGCUAGAGAGGACAAAGACCAUGGACUCACCACAGUAUGACUACACCAACGAUCACACUGAGACCUCAGAGGAGCUCCAGCAAAGGUACAAUCACGGUGCCCAACUGCCACACGACAACUUCCCCUGCUACGGCUACCAGGCUCAGGAGAACCGUCUUCAGCACACCGAGAGUCACCAGAACUCCUUUGCCCCGGAGCUUAUUAGCAGCGAGGAGAGCAAUUCCUACAUACAGCACAAUGGCUACCUCGGCACACUGGAUGAAGAGCCCCCAGUGCUCACCUAUGAAGGAGGGCCCCAACCUGACGGUUUCUAUCAGGAAAACUCCUCCGCUAAAGACACCUCCUCGAGUGACGGAGACCCUCGUAGCUCUGAUAAAGAGGGCUCCACAGAUGACGAAUCCCCCUCAUCGUCGUCCUCGGACAUAAGUAGCUACCACCAGAAGACAGAGGGAGCUGGCGGUUUGCACGGUGAAUACCAAGCUGAGGUCAAAGCCACUGCCCUGCCCCACAAGCUCCGCCUCAAGUACAGAGCCUUGUCCAACAGGGCAGCUGGAGCUCAGGUGGAGGGACUGGUCUCCAACUCUACGUCCCCUUCCCCCACUCUUCCCCAGCACCCCUACUUAGCCCUGCCCAGCAACUCUUCCAAUGGCCACGCCAACGGAGAGGGCAAAGAGACUGAGACUGAGUACGUGGAAGAAAGCAAGCCAGAGGCGAAUGACAGAGCCGAGGCUAAAAAGGACGGAGGGAAAAAGGGAUCUGGUGGUGGAAGAGGUGGACGGAAUAAGAGGCGAGAUUAAGAACAAACAUAAGCAGCUUGUGUAUUUUCCUGUCACCUCUCUGUCAUCUGCCGAAGAUAGACAGUUACAACUCACACUGGCACUUUGCAGGACAAAAAAAAAAAAAAAAAAUCAGCCAGUGAUCUGUGUGAGGUGUAUUUAGCACUGCGUGAAAACAUCAGUAUCUGGAUAUGGGAGUUCUCAGAUCCGUGCUCUAGAGGAUCUUUGCCCAGAGUAUGUUGUAUUUCCAACGGUGAAGGAGAAUUUCGCACAGCCGGAUAGUGAUGUUUUCUUUCAUAUUUCACCAUCAAAUUCACUGUGUCAACUGUAACCCCUUCCUUUACUCUCUCCUACCUCCCAACGAGCCCUCAAAAUUAAAAUAACAGAAUAAAGAGGGAUGGAUGAAACUCCAGAGUUGGAUUUUGUGACAUUUCCCUUGAGGAAAAUUUAAUUAUUCAUUUAUAUUAAUUGCCUUAUUGGCUGGUCAGUCUGUAUUGUGGCAUUAUGGGAGCAUUCCUUUUACCAAAGAUUCGCAUAUUUCCUUUACCGUGUCAGUUUUUGGCAGUUCUUCCCCUCUCAUUUAAGUUUUAUCACCAAUAGCCUGGUCAACCGAACUGGAUUUUAAUCAACCAUCAGCAUACAACUCCCCUUCACUCCCAAAGGCACUUAGAUUGUAUAUUACUGUGAAAUAAAUUUGCAGAUAUCAAAUAUAUAUUUUAAGAAAAAAAGUGUGGCAAAAAAACAACAAAAAAAUGAGUUAAGCAGCGGGAGGUGAAAUAUGUAGACUUACAAGUAAUUUGUGUUGUUUUGAAAUCCUUGUAAAGUCCUGUUUUUUAUCUAAUAAAUGCCUCAAAAACUUUAUUUUACUAAAACUGUGAGCUACUACUCAUAAAAAAAAGACAUGUACAGUUUUCUCAAACUGUGUUCAGAUUGUCCACUCGUUCACGAAACAUGAGCCAGUCAUUUUUGUUGCGGGUUGUAGAUUCCAACUGUUAGCUUUAAUUUAAAUAUGUGGUUCUCUAGAAAUUUGUUUCAUGUGAUACAGAUAAGGUCAAUUAAAAUAGACCAUAGAACUAGGGACAAAAUUGACCUUGCAUGGCAAUGUUAGCAUUAGCACGCUAACCUUGUUUUCUGUUAGCUUGCCAUUGUUAGCUUUGGCAUGCUAAUGUUUGUACUGUACCAGUGUUAGCAUUUGAGUGCUUACAUUUAUACACUGUAGAGUUUGUGUGACAAUGUUAGUAAUAAUAGCGCAAUAACUGUAGUAUGGUUAGUGUCCUAAUGUCAGCAUUAGUGUUUGCAUUAGAAUGCUAAUGCUAAUAUCAGUAGCUAAUAAUUGCAAAGACUCUGGAAAUGUCUAAUUCCAGCAAUUCCCAGGCAUUCUGAGCUGAAGUAUUUCUGAAAAUUUAGGUUGAAACAUCAAGGUAAAGAUGUCAAAGACACACUAUAAAUACAUGUAAAAACAUAAAAAGUGAGUCUCAUUUCAACAAUGUGCUCAUUUAUUUGCACACCUACUAUAAAUUUUAAAAGUUUUUUUUAGUUUUGUUUGAGCUAUUUAAUAGCUUUCCUUGGGUAGUAUCCUCUUUUUUAAAAGAUUUAAAGCAUUCUUAAUGCUGCUUGAGUGGAUAUAGUAAAGAAAUGAGAAACAAAUUUGUAUCAUGGCAUUUAAUGUCUAUAUUAUCAAUACAGCAGAUGAUGUUAAUGAUGUGUUUUCAGCCAAUACAUCAUCUCAUGAUGCCCAUUGUCUCAUAUGUAGAUGUGGUCCGUGGUUUGUCCUGCAGGUGUUUUUUUAAACAUGGAAUAGGUAGGAAAUACACUGCCAAUUCAUGAGUUUUCAAAUUAAAAAACAAGCACCUGCAAAUCCUAUAUAAUACUUAGUUUUAGAGAUGCACCAAUCAGAUUUUAACUGGCUGAUACCAGUUUGUGGUUUUCUUGAGGUCUGAUCGACGAAUAAAAUUUUUAAGGACUGUAAAACAUACAAGCUUUUUGUACAGGCUGUUUUAAUUGUAUUUGAUGAUAAUCCCAAUGUUUGCAUUAAAAGCACUAACCAUCAGAUUUUUACCAAACUAAAAAAAUGCCUAAAAGAACAUGCUGUUAGCUGAUGUGUUUACAGACUUAAAAAAAAGUAAGAACUUUAAAUCUUAAUGCAAUAUGAACCUGUAAAAUUCGUAUGACAGUCAGAUGGGGGAAAACCUGUUAAUUUGGAUCACUGGUUGAUUUGUUGGUGCAUCAGUACUUGGACAUUUAUAUACUGAGACUGAGUGAACGAGUAGACAUUUUGAACACAGGUUCAGAGUGGGAUCCAUGCUCAGGCCAUCUGCGCUCUGACCAGUUUUGUCCAUAUCAAUUAAGGCUACUCAGUCCCACUUGGCCUUUACCCGAACCUGACGAGCACAAGCCUUGUUAGCCGUUCAUCCAGCAAAAUCCACGAAUAAACGUCUUUCCAGUCACAACCAGCAAAGCUGCUCUCUUUUGGAUAAGGUGCCUCUUUAUUGUGUUGUUCCUCAUCCCCACGUUGGCCAACGUCCUAGACCCUUCUCAACUCCGCACUGAUUUGUUUUAGCUGCAGUAGAUGAUACAGUAUUUAAACUGUUUUACUUCCUGGUGCCUGCCUCUGGCCACUAUGUAUAAAUGUAAAGUUGUCUCUAUCUCUUGUAUACUGCUGUCUUUGUUAUUUUUAUUAAUAUUUUAUCAAUAUUGUUUUUUUUUUCUAUUCUAUUAUGUGUGUAUUUUUGUCAGCCACUUGUUUUAUUAUGCUCUAAGCUCUUCCUUGUUGUGCUGUGUGUUUACCCAUUGCUACCCUUUGCUGCAGUUACCAUUUGUAUUCUGUGUUACUGUAUAAUCUUUGUCUUUUGCCUAAAGGCUUCCUGAAAGAAAAAGAAAAAAAGAUUUGUCCAGAAGUAAUAAUGUAUUGUUAUAAUUCACGUUGAUAUGCAAAUGGCUACAAGAGAAAACACUCAAUUUCAGUUGUGAAAGUUUCAAAAUGGGGAUAAAAAAAAAUUAAAGGUUGUUGAAUUGAA